UAGCCAUGCAGGUCCCCAUGUCAAGAGAGCUACAUAUAGAGUGACUCCCUCUCGCCUUCCAGCUGCCUCUUUGCUGAUUGGUUCAGCUAUGAAGAGCUUACUCUUGGUCCUUGUGGUCCUUGUGUUACUCUCCUGUGUUCCACCAGUUAGAAGUGGACCGAAUGCGUAUAUAAGAAGAGUCUUUUCUACAUGCUGGCGAACAAAAGGUGUUUGCAAGAAAUCAUGUGGGAAAAGUGAAGAAUAUCAUAUUCUUUGUGAUAUUACACGUUUGUGCUGCAUUAACAAAAAGUAUUUACCUGUACAGAUUGGAAAGUAGUGCCAAGUAUUUGAGGUUCCUGCUGAUUUCCUCUGGAGACCCAAAUCCUUCUCAGUUGUACCAUCCCAUUAAAAUGAUGUUUUAGCUGG